CUCCCGCUUCCUUCCAGCGGGCACCUCCUGCGGCCCGGCCCCGGCCCGGAGCGCUCCGGGCCUCCCUGCCGCCCGCAGGGAAGAUGCCCAAGAAAGGAGGGAAGAUUGCUGAUGUGCCCAAGGAAGCACAGGCACAGUGUAAACGGCCCAAGUUGGAUGCAGCUGGUUCUCCUUCCAUCCUGAGUUUUGAGAGCCCAGACAGCCUCUUCAGGAGCCUGAUCUCUCCCAUUGAAGAAGAGGUGUUUUUCAGGGAGUACUGGGAGCAAAAGCCACUGCUUGUUCGGAGAAAUGAUGUCCUGGUGGCUGCUUACUACCAGUCCCUGUUCCAGCUGUCACACUUGAAGGAGCUGUGCAGCCAGGGCCUGUACUAUGGACAAGAUGUGAAUGUCUGCAGGUGUGUGAAUGGGAAAAAGAAGGUUUUAAAUAAAGAAGGCAGAGUGAAUUAUGUGCAGCUGAAGAAGGAUUUUGACCAGAAGAAGGCAACAAUACAGUUUCAUCAGCCUCAGAGAUUUAAGGAGGAGCUGUGGAAGAUUCAGGAGAAGCUGGAGUGUUACUUUGGGUCUCUGGUGGGAUCCAAUGUUUACAUCACCCCCCAGGGGUCUCAGGGCCUUCCCCCUCACUACGAUGAUGUUGAGGUGUUCAUCCUUCAGCUGGAAGGAGAGAAGCACUGGAGACUCUACAAACCAACGGUGCCUUUGGCUCGGGAGUAUAACGUUGAGCCAGAAGAUAGGAUUGGGAAUCCCACACAUGAAUUCAUAUUAAAGCCAGGUGACUUUCUGUACUUCCCAAGAGGGACUAUUCACCAGGCUGACACUCCUCAUGGGAUCUCCUAUUCAACACACGUGACCAUCAGCACCUACCAAAACAACUCUUGGGGAGACUUCUUACUGGAUGCAAUUCCUGGCCUGGUGUUUGAUACAGCAAAAGAGGACGUGGCGCUGCGGACAGGCAUUCCGAGGCAACUGCUCAUGCAGGUGAACACAGCUGACUGCACCAAAAAGCUGAGCAGCCUUCUGAGAAGGCUUGCAGACAGUCUGGAGAACUCCAGGGAACUGAGAUCAUCUGACUUGAAGAAGGAUUUCAUUAUGCACCGGUUGCCACCUUACUUGGGAUGUGACUCUGAUGCUUUGACUCCAGGUGGGAAAUUGCCAAAAAUAAAUAGCAAAAUCAGACUGCAGUUUAGAGACCAUGCUAUCAUCACUGUGGAACCAGAUCAAGAGAAUGCUGAUGAAAUUCACAGAGAGAUGGUUUAUGUGUAUCAUUCCUUAAAGAACAGGAGAGAAACUCACAUGAUGGGGAGAGAGGAUGACACUGCCAGUGAGGAUGGUGUGGCACAGAGUACCUGGAUGAGCUGAAGCUGCAACAGAGGCUGUGAAUAGGAGAACUAAGUAAUUUGAUCUCAUGCUUAAUUAAACAUUUGAGAUGCCAAUGGGAUAUCUUGUGCAUGCCCUGUGGGCCAGUUAACAAAGCUGCUGGAGCAACUAAAAGCAUCUCUUACUUUGUGUGUCCUUCAGCAGGGCCUGUCUGAGGCUGCACUUGUUCCAUGGGGAUCACUGCACCUCAUUUCUGACAUGUUAAACCUGUGUUAGCUCCUGUAUCCACUGGAACACCCUCUGCAGGGCUGCUCGCUUCAGCCCGGGGCAGGUCAGCACUGGCAGUAAAGAACUCACUCUUCUACCAUGUAAUUCAGGUCUGCACAGCUCCUCCAAAGAGGCAGAACAGAGCAGAGCCUGGCCUUGGCUUGGCCAUUGCUGCAAGGUUUUUUGCCUGGCAGUUAUUUUCCUUUUGAAGUAAAUCUCACUAUUCCUCUGGAGCUGAGGCUGGACACUGGCACCUGAGCAGCACAUGCACAGCCUUCCUUCCUGCCCUUAAACAGAGUCCUGGGAAUGAAGGUCCUCUGUGCUUCUGUGCCCAAAAACUGCAGAUGUCAGCUAGAAAUAAAGCUCUGUGACCUUGCUAUAAAAUAAUGGGUAGGGUUAGGCAAGAGGGUAAAUUUAAAAUGAUUUUUUUCUUCUGUGUGGAAACCACAGGAGGAAGUCACAUGUACCAUAAACAUCCCUACCUUGUAGUGUGCUACAGCAUGGAAGAGUCUGAGUAAAAUAGGUCUGGAUAAAACUGUAUCUUUGGGAGGCUGCUCUCACGAACUCCAGUGUGCUGUGGGAAUGGAGCACGUUCCUGCUGCUCCCUCACACACA